AUGUCCUCUCAAAGCCAGUCGAUCGCCUCGUUCAACGGUGAUCUAUCCUCGUUGACUGCUCCGCCCUUUAUCCUGUCAACUACCUCCCUCACCGAGUACUCUGCCUACUGGGCUGAACACCCAGAUGUCUUCGUGGCCCCUGCUAAGGAAGCCGACCCGGAGAAGCGUGCUCUCUUGGUCCUCAAGUGGUUCCUGAGCACCCUGCACCAGCAGUACUGCAGCCGUAGCGAGAAGCUCGGCAGUGAGAAGAAGCCCUUGAACCCGUUCCUGGGUGAGCUCUUCAUUGGUAAAUGGGAGGGAGGCGCGGAUGUGGGGGAGACUGCUCUGAUCAGUGAGCAAGUCAGCCACCACCCUCCCGCCACUGCCUAUGCGAUCAGGAACGAGAAACACGGAGUCGAGCUCCAAGGCUACAACGCGCAAAAGGCCUCCUUCUCAAGCACCAUCCUCGUGAAGCAGAUCGGCCAUGCCCUAUACUCGCUCACCCCAUCGGGAUCCCAGGAGAAGGAAAUAUACCUGAUCACGCUACCAAACCUGCACAUCGAAUCCCUAAUCUACGGCUCUCCAUUCGUCGAGCUGGAGAAGUCAUCCAAGAUCGUCAGCAGCAGCGGCUACACCGCCAAGAUCGACUUCUCCGGCAAGGGCUGGUUGAGCGGCAAGAAGAACACCUUCACCGCGAGCCUGUACAAGACCGCCGAGGGCGAGAAGAAGCCCCUGUACACGGUAGAUGGCCAGUGGUCCGACAAGUUUAACAUCAAGGACGCCCGCUCCAAGGAAGUCAUUGACAGCUGGUCUGCCAAGGAUAACCAGACCACCCCGCUCACCCUGGCACCGCUCGAGCAACAAGAUUUGUACGAGAGCCGCCGCGCCUGGAGCGACGUAGCCACGAACAUCCAAAAGGGCGAUAUGGACGCUGUCUCAGGGUACAAGUCGUGCAUUGAGAACGCACAACGUGAACUUCGCCGCGUUGAGAAGGAGGAGGGUCGCGAGUGGGAGCGCCGCUUCUUCAACCGUAUUGAGAGCGACGAUGCCCAGAUCCAGAGUCUGGCUAAGGAUGCCGAUCUUGUUUUCGAGACUGACAAGACUGGCGGUAUUUGGCGCUUUGAUCCUAAGAAGGCUGAGGGUGCCCAGCCGCCUUACCACAAGGUUGGCCCUGAGGGUCUGGGUCUUACUGAGUAG